GAUCACCGAUCUACUAGUACCUACGCAUGUCGACUUCCGAAACUUCACGGCCGUCGGCAGGUGCUGCCAAUAACGAUGACGGAAAAGAGGAUCCAUCCUUUGUGCGAUGGCGAGAGACAUUGUCUAGUUUUCUCACUCCCAGACCUUUAACCGCCCACGAAACGGCCGCAAAGGAGGCGAAGAACAUUGAGGCAGCAACCCAACAGGAGGAACGGGAGAAUGCGCGCUGUGAGAGGUGGAAGAAGAAGCUGCUGCAAAGCAGUCCGAUGGUAAAGUUUAUGAUGGAUAACCUUGAAAAGGCAGGCUGUCCAUUUCGAGAAGAUCAUUUCCGAUGCACUCCAUGUGAAGUAACAAGAGCUGGAGGGUUUGCGCCGGAUUAUGGGAUUAUUCUCUGCCAAAACAGUUUCCUGUCGAAAAAGCACAUGGAGGACACCAUGACGCACGAGCUGAUUCAUGCCUAUGACCAAUGUACCACAAAGGUUGAUUGGAACAAUUGCGAGCAUUACGCUUGUUCUGCAAUUCGGGCAGCGAGUUUGAGUGGGGAUUGCAAAUUCACAAGGGAGUUGAGACGAGGAUUCUUCUCUGUUGCAAAGCACCAUCAGGCAUGCGUUAAGCGGCGCGCGAUUGCAGAAUUGAAGCAGCUGCCACAGUGUCAGGAGGAGAGAGUGGCGGAGGAUGCAGUACGAGUAGUGUGGGAUAGCUGUUUCAAGGAUACAGCGCCUUUUGAUGAAAUCCCAUAGUUUUAUGGCAGAUGAUUUAUGUUCAAAUUCUCUUGUUUAUAAAUUAUAUAGAAUCAAUGUAGACAAAUUCAUUUUCAUAGCCAAUAUUCAUCGUCCAAAUUGUUCUAUCA